UUGAAUUGUGAAUUGACGGGCAUCCUCGGAUGUUUGAUAGUCUUGUAUGCCUUAGGCUCGUACAUGUCUCUGGGUCGCUCAAUCACGCUCAAUCUCAUACAUGCGCCCGGUGUCACUUCGCAAGAACGUAUGGCCCGGACGAUACAGAGUAGCAACAAGUUGGAAGAAGUUUUAGAGACGUGCCAUGGAGCUCCGGAGUCUCGACCUGCCUAUUGGCAGCGCCGACACGCACCUUUCAUUCUUCCGACCCAAACCUACACUGGUGCUUUUCUGUCAGCACUGCCGACACGCACCUUUUAUUCCUUCGACCUAAACCUACGUCAACGUUUCACAACUGCGGUUCGGACCGGCGGGGAGCUCAUGAGUGAACUGUCUACGCCCUACUCGCCAUUUCGGAUACCUUCGGCCGAGGACGAGGUCCUCCUUCGUCAUCAGACACUUAAUCUGGGCCAUUGCGAAUCCUUCUUGCUCAUCGGUUCUGGAUUCACGCAGUUGUUCAUUCAGUGCGUUGGAUGCUAUGGCCCAUAGUCUUUUGGGCCCGUCCUGGCAGGCGCUGAGUCACGUGUGCGUAUAUUGUUUGCGCCCUUCGUACUCGAAUAGAGUCAUUCAAGUUCUACUACACAAGCACGGCUGGCAUGCUCGUGGUCCAAAGGCGUUCGAGCUCAUGCACGGUCAAUCAUCAUGUCUCUCCAAAAGCGUUCGCCGCUCUCUCGUCAGAUAUUUUCAAGCUCCCCG